AUGGACGUCGGCCACACCAUCUUAGAUGGGAAUGCGGAUGCUGUUGAAUUUUGUCCACACGAAUCGUUCCAAAAUGUGUUAGCCGCCUCCACUUACGUGCUUCAGGAAGGGGAUUGCCCCAGUCGUUCGGGCUCUAUAACGCUCUUUGAUGUUGAUGCCGAUAAUGGCCGGCUUGAAUUGAUUCAGAAAGUAGAAACAGCUGGAAUAUUUGAUAUAAAGUGGAGUCGGGCCCACCUGCACGGCCCGAUCAGGCCCUUGCUUGCUCAGGCGGAUGCCGAUGGAACUACACGCCUGAAAGAAGUUUCCGGAAAACACAUCAGCACUUCCAUGUGUUUGUGCAUCGAUUGGGACCCGCUCGCCAAAUCCAUGGCAGUAGGCCUCUCUAAUGGCUCGGUCUCAAUCGUCUCACUAAACGAGUCUGAGCUAAACACACUUCAAGAAUGGAAAGCCCACGAGUUUGAGGUAUGGGCAGCCUCGUUUGACACCCAAAGGCCUACGCUUGUGUACACUGGAUCAGAUGACUGCAAAUUCAGCUGCUGGGACUUGCGUGAUAAACCGUCAAACUCGGUUUUCCAAAACACAAAGGCCCACGAAAUGGGAGUUUGUUGCAUAGCAAAAAGCCCGUUUGAUCCAAAUAUUGUGCUCACGGGCAGCUAUGACGAGCGGCUGAGGGUAUGGGAUGUUCGAUCGGGCUUGAGGCCCGUGAAUGAGUCAUCCAUAUGUUUAGGGGGUGGAGUUUGGAGAAUCAAACACCAUCCGUACAAAAAGGGACUUGUUUUGGCGGCGUGUAUGCAUAAUGGAUUUGGGGUCGUUAGAUUUGGAGGAGAGAAAGUGGAGGUAGUGGAGAUGUAUGGGAAACACGGGUCACUCGCGUAUGGUGUGGAUUGGCAGUGGGGGAGGCAGCCGGUAGCUGCAUCUUGCUCGUUUUAUGAUCGCCUGCUUCGUGUGUGGAGACCUGAAAGGGAUGUGUAUGCAUAGUAAACAAGAGAUGUACAUUUCUGAUAUAUUUUUUCUUCAGGAAAAAAUAAAUGUGUUCUUAUGGAAUUCAAUUAUUGUCAAGUCAUAUUUGGGAUUUGUUUUCUCAUUUUGUCCAAAUGCAUAACAAACGUUCUUAGUUAUAAACAGUAUCAAUAGAUACUGCAUUCAGGAUUACAUAAAUAGUAUGCUUUCACUAGGGCUGGUAUCACUUCGGUAACCGAAUCGAUAAGCAAUAACUGAU